UUUAAAACCCCAAGGAACACAACGGGAGGUCCUUGUACGAACGUACCGGUGGGCGUAUCGGACAUGCUGCUACUAACCACUGUCCUCCUCCCCCUGUGGGUUUCCUGUGCUCACAGACAAAGGAGAACUUGCGAUUUUCCGGAGAUAAAACAUGGAAACAUAUACGAUGAAAACAAAUACAAAGAAACUUUUCCCGUUGACAUGGGGAAAUAUUUCUACUACACCUGUGAUCACAAAUUUGUGUCUCCUUCACAAUCACCCUGGACUCCAAUAGCCUGUACAGAGAAAGGAUGGUCCCCAACUCCAAAGUGUCUCAGACAGUGCUUUUUCCCUUGGGUGGAAAAUGGUCAUUCUGCAUCUUCAGGACAAAUACACCAGGAGGGUGACUCUGUACAAAUUGUCUGUGACACCGGCUACAGUCUUCCAAAUAAUCAGAGAGGCAUCACCUGUACAGAAAGCGGCUGGUCCCUCCUUCCUAAAUGCAGUCGUGUCCAUGUUUCCUGUGUGAAUCCACCCAGUGUGGAAAAUGCUGCUCUACAAAACCCGAAGCCUAGAUAUCAGUCUGGUGAGAGAGUACGUUAUGAAUGCCUCAAACCUUAUGACCUUUUUGGGGACGUAGAAGUGACAUGUUUAAAUGGAACUUGGACAAAACCACCUCAGUGCAAAGACUCUCAAGGAAAAUGUGGGCCUCCUCCACCUAUAGACAACGGAGACAUUACCUCGUUCCCGUUGCCAGUGUACCCUCCGGGCUCGACCGUUGAGUACCAGUGCCAAUCCUACUAUGAACUGGACGGAAACAGGAAUGUAAUAUGUAGGAAUGGAGAGUGGUCAGAACCUCCCAAAUGCUUAGAGGCAUGUGUAAUUUCACAAGAAAUGAUGGAAAAACAUAACAUAGAGUUAAGAUGGAGAUAUGCUAAAAAAAUUUAUACUAGAGCCAACGACAUUAUUGAAUUUCGAUGUAAACGUGGGUACCGUGAAAAGUCACCUGCCCGUAAUUUUCGAGUAGCCUGUCGGGAAGGACGAGUGGCGUAUCCUACUUGUGGGUGAAACAACGGUUAAAAUGCAGCCAUAAAACUGAAAUAUGCAGAUGUAGUCAGAACUGUUCAUUGUUAAUCCAAUUCUUCUGAGUUUAUUUUAUGGAGUAUCAUUGGACUCCUUUUAUUCAUAAAUCAGAAUUUGUGUUAAAUAUUAUGUGGAUGAUGCAGUUAUAAUCUGGGAGACCAAUAAAUCUCACUUCGUAAAAGCACCUCAUUAAAACCUGGCAAAUAAAAAUGCUGUGUGUCCUAUUCAUAAAACAUCGAUGGUGAGAAAUCACUUCAGUGCUGCUUCCAUCCAUCAUUCUCCCACCUUUCUCAAAUCUAUCUCCUCAACUUCUCAGGCUUUCUGAGCCUCUCUCUUUCAGGGAAAUGGGGAAAAAAUGCUUGUCUCCAUCUUCAAAACAAUAGCACUUCACAAAUAAGUAAAAAGAAAACCAUGCCAUGCCUGUGUUAGUAGUAAGAUGAACAGAGUCGUUUCCCGCCUUUGCUGACCUGUCAGUAAACAGUGCACCCAGAAAAGGUGAAAGAUGUGACCUUGUAUGAGAUGCCUAUGGAGCACAUUUAAUAAUUCAGCCACAUCAUUACGAGGAAUCAGAAUCAAAUUGGAUGAAUAAAUGUCUUAAUGUGACAUGAAAAGUGAUUUUAAAAACCCAACAUCAAGUAUAAAUACAGACACAUACACACACUAUGCUUUAAACACUGAAGACAUUUUUAUAGAGAAAAUAGUGGCAGGAUAAAUACUUAAGACUAACUAUAGUUGAAUUUGGACAUAACAGAAUAAAUGUGGUUUUAACUCCUUUUCACUUACUUGUAUUCUCAAUUUUUUCUCUUUAAUGUAUAUCACCUUUAAACCAUAAUAUAUGUCAUUUUAAGAUACAGAUAUAUACAAAGUAACACAGUAUGUGAUGAGAACUGUAGAGACCUCUUUGGUAAUGAUGUCAGAUCUAAUAAAAUGUUCAUGAUUUUGCUGGUA